UUAAAGGGCCACAACCCGGAAACCACGGAGGGUGAAAAGGUCGGAGAAUUUUCCAGUCUAGCAAGUCGGUCGAGGUGGACUCGACAGCCGUUCAACCUGGCAGUCCCUUCAUUUGGAAGAAUGGUCCGUGUCUUCGUCUAUGGGACACUAAAGAAAGGCCAGCCAAACUAUCCACACAUGAUAAAUGGGGUUCACGGGGCAUCCCAAUUCCACGGCAGAGGACUUACAGUGGAGAAAUACCCACUAGUGAUUGCAGGCAAAUAUAAUAUCCCUUAUUUGCUGAAUAAUCCAGGAAAGGGGCACCGUGUUACUGGAGAAAUAUAUUUUGUUGAUGAUCAGAUGUUGCAAUUCCUUGAUGAAUUUGAAGGAUGCCCAAACAUGUAUCAGCGUACUCCACUGAAAAUUGAGGUACUAGAGUGGGAAAAUAAAAAUAGCACGUCUGAAGGAACAUCAGCAAAUAAAAACAUCCUGGAAUGUUAUGUGUAUAGCACUACGACUUAUCAGCCAGAAUGGAUCCAUCUCCCUUACUACGAUAACUAUGAUUCUUUUGGGAAGCAUAAUCUUAUGUACGUCUUGCGAGAAAGCAGAGAAUAAAAGUGAAAAAUCAAACAAUACUUUUAGCUAUGAACACACCCAGGCGCUGAAGAACAUCUUUACCAUUUUAUGUUGAAAUGCAGUCCUAAUUUACCUCUUCAGAAUAUAAUUGAAUUAACUUAUUAAGUGAAUGUCCAAGUGAACAAGAUAAUGAAAGAACAAUCCGAACGCCAGCACUCAUGAGAUGAAGCAUUUGUCUUGCCAAGGUUAAACAGGGUAACUUAUAUAUUUCAAUUAUGUUAGAAUAUUACCAAUAUUCAGGUAAACCUAUCACUUCUCAAAAUGUGGAAUGAAUGAAUGGGGGGAAGGACAUGAAUGGAAGAGGAGGCAAAAGUGAUACUGAUAUGCCUUAUUUUUUCAUUCCUUACAGCCCAUUUCUGAUUAAUGAAUAUUUCUACCCAGCUAUUGAUUUUAGUACAUAUAAAUUGCCUCCUAAUGUCUUCUUCAGCUAUUUAAAACUGCAUUGCAUAUAGGUUGAAAGUUCUGAACCAUCAGCAUUCUUGUAUUUUUAUCAUCUUUUUAUAUCAGUGAUGUAUCUAUUUCUUUUUUGCCAUUGACUUCUUGCAAUACUGUAUAUAAUUUUCAUAUACUGCUUUUCUUAAUAUGAAUCUUCUUAAAACUGUAAAUUGUAUAGUAAUGAUGAGUUAAAAUUUGACAAAAUUCUUAUAUUGCUACUGGUUUCAACUAAGAUAACUUGUUCAAAAGUUUAGAAAUCAUGGAUUUUGGUAUUUUUUAAAAAAUCACACUAUUCUAGAGUUAUAGGACCUGAAAUAUGUAAUCUCUUCCAUUUGAAAUAAAUCUAUUUGGCAGUAUAUAAUGAGAAUGGAGGACGAUCGUACAUUGCUUCUUCAUCUGCUGUAAAGGAAGGGGAGGCAGAGCCUGGGACAGAGUCAAGAGAGGAAUUAGCCUGGAAUCUACAUACUCAUCAGCAGCAAGUUCAGCCUCUCUUGAACUUCCAUAAUUCUUAUCUACAGCCAAUUUACUGCUGAUUGUUAAUUGACUAGAUUCCUGUGUAUAUGCAUUAGCAAUAAAUCUGAUUAACUGCAAUUUGAUUCUUUGCGCCAUACAUCUGCUACCUUAAUUGCUCUGAUAAGCUAUUCCAUCAAACAUUUCAGCUGCAUCCUUCACCUGAGUGUAUAAAUCUGGUAACAUCUGAAAGGCAUCAAAAUAGCUCAAUGUUGUCCUUUGUUGGAUAGAAGAGAAGGCUUGUCAGCUAGUCUCGUAACGCCAACAACUGUUAUAGUCAAGCACAUUACAUAAAAGUUUAGAUUGUGUACGAAAACCUUAAAUAUUUUUAACAUACUUUUACUGACAAACUUGUCCGUCAAUUUUACAGACUGACGAAUUGUCAGAAAAUAUUUUCAGUCUCCUAUAUAUGCACGUACAUCUAUACACUUAAAAAGUUUAAACAUCUUAAAAUAGUUUAUCUUAAAAACUUUAAACAUCACACAUAAUUUAUACACCAAAAUGUUGAUUUUAUUAAUUUUCUUCAUGUAAAUAGAUCUAAUGAAAAGAAUUACAAAUUUCAUAUAUACAAAUAUUUAUAAUGGAGUGAAGUGAAAUGUUAAUUUAAAUUGUGAAAGAUGACCUAGAUCAACCCACUGCAUUUUUAUU